GGAUGAGCAGCCUGAAUAGGGCACUUAAUUGGCUCCUUAAGGCCUGGUCCUCAGUGGUCCUUUUUGCGGUGACGCACGGGCGAAAAAAAACCUCUGCCAAAUCCUGCCAAAGUCCCGACCAGUCAGUGUUUUUGCAGCCCAGUUUCGCCUAUUCCGUUGCGGCACUGGUGACCCUGCAGUCAAAAGACUUUUCUGAGCGUCUUGUUACAUAACCAGCAAAUCCUUCCUACUUUCCACCUUCGCACACUCUUUCUGAGUACCAUCUCGACAUUCACUAAAGAUACGCUGUCUUUGCUGGUUCUCUUGUGUCCAGCUCAUCAUCCAUCGGUGUCACAAGUCCUUCCGUCGGCCUUCCGAUCGACGAUCGUCGACUUCACGAGUCAACCGGCUCAGACAUCCUCUGUCUUCGCUCAUCGCAAGCGCAAGGAAGGCUGUACGCAGUCUUUCAGCACCUCACUUCCACCCUGGCGUUCGAUCGCGAUUUUCAUUCUCAAGCCUUCAAGUUGGCGGGCUUCAAGAUUGCCACCGUCUCCUUCAUUCGCCCUCUGCUAGGCACAGGCAUUGCAUACAUGUUCUUCUGCGGAACCACCACACGCCCACCAUAACUGGCCCUUAAGUGCACAAGUUUCAUCCUGCCCAGACUGGGCCAGGGAGGGUAUAUACAUCAAAGAAAUAGAACAAGAAAGAUCUCGGCCCAAAAUUCGAGAACCACAGUUGGCAGAUCAGACACUGCCGUCCUAAUCAAAACUGGCCUAAUCACGAGAAUCAGUGCACUGCUUUCGGUGCACUCGCGACUGAGAAGAACAUAAGAUUACUUGAUUGAGGCAAUAUGUCGUCCUCAGAAUCACAACAUUCCCACGAGAAGAUGGAUACCCGCUACAGUACCCCAGCGCCGGAACUGGAUGAUCAUCGAGGUCAUCGCGGAAUGCCUCCAACACAAAGCCCCCUUGCCGUUCCUGCCGUUGAGCUGCAAACCCCAACCCCAAAACCCACCGGCAUUGAUGAGCAGGACCUGUCCGAGGUGGAUUCCACCUUGCUCAAUACACUCGCUCGCGAGACGAACCCCAUCGCUCGGGAUUUUGAACAUGCUAUCAUCGACGACGACAAGAGCGACGCAGAAGUCGACCCUCCACAAAGACGAAAUUCAGGCCGUGCUCGACGAAUGACCAACCGAGAUGGACGGCCUCGCAUGACUGUGCCGAGACACGAUCGCUCUAGAGACAGCUCUUCUUCUCGCUCGACUUCACCAGCCAACUCUAUCGAGGCGUUUGCCGAACCACGCCGACGACAACGCGCCAAUACCGCUGAGAGCGUUUCUUCCUCCCUCAUUGACAACAUCCGUCAUCGCACUGCUUCGGGUGGUACAAACACUAGACGACCGACUUUGAGUAACAUAAGUAUUCCGGCGGGUCUUACAGCGCGAACUGACCGUGACUACAAUGAUGAUGUUACGUUUCCAACUGACGAGGAACCCGGCAAGACAUACAAGAUCGACUUCGAAGAAUUGGAAGAAUUUGUAGCUUUGAGUGCGCAAGGAAAGAUCGCAGACGACUCCAAUCCGCCGGAUGCAAAAGACAGCCGGGUUUUUGGGGACCUUCGCAGACCCGAAGCUCAGGGUGAGCUACCAAAUGCCAUCCUCAACAGCGACAAUUUCUACGAGAAGCCGCUUGUGCACUACGGCACCAAUCAAAGCUCAUCCUCGGAGGAGAAAUUUUCCACCCAGAAGCACGCUGCAUCGCGGCUAACCGACCGCUUCUUCCUCUUCUCAUCGGAGCUCACCCAAGGCAAAAGCGCGACCAAGUUAGGUGACUUAGUGUCAGACGGCACCACCUUUCGAGAUCUCUUUGAGGUUGGUCCCGAUGGUGGUGUCUGGUGGCUCGAUGUCCUUAAUCCUACGAAGUCCGAACUUGAAGUGCUCGCAAAGGCAUUCAAAAUCCAUCGCCUGACCCGAGAAGACAUUGAAACUCAAGAAGCCCGCGAAAAGGUCGAGCUCUUCUCUCAGUACUACUUCGUAUGUUUCCGCUCGUUCAACAUGGACAGCAGCCACGAGGAUUUCUUGGACCCUAUUCACGUGUACAUUGUGGUUUGCGGCGACGGCGUGCUCAGUUUCUCCUACCAUCCGAACCCUCACGCCCACAACGUGCGCAAGCGAAUCUCCAAGCUAGGCGACUUUUUGAGUUUGGGGCCGGACUACAUCUGCUACGCCAUGAUCGACGACAUCGUGGACAGCUUCGCCCCCAUCAUCCGCGAUGCCGAACAGGAGUCUGAGAACAUUGAGGAUCAAGUGUUUAUUGCGCGCGAGGACGACUUUCUCGCUCUGCUUCGACAGAUUGGCGAGUGCCGCAAGCGUGUGCUGAACAUGAUGCGCCUGCUUGGCGGCAAGGCGGAUGUCAUCAAAGGCUUUGCGAAGCGUUGCAAUGAGCAGUACGAGAUGACGCCUCGUGGUGACAUCGGCCUGUAUCUCGGCGAUAUCCAGGAUCACGUGGUCACGAUGAUGUCCAAUUUGGGGCAUGUGGAGAAGAUGUUGUCGAGGUCUCAUGCGAACUAUCUGGCCCAACUGAAUGUUGAUAACAUUCUAAAGGGAAACAGCACCAACAAGGCUUUGGCGAAGAUCACCGUCGUCGCUACGAUACUGGUUCCGCUUAAUCUUGUGACGGGUCUGUUUGGGAUGAACGUUAAUGUCCCAGGGAAGGAUACAGAUGGACUGUAUUGGUUCUUUGGUAUUGUCGGUGCGAUCUUUUUCUUUGUUGUGACUUGUUUGCUUGUGGCGAGGCGAUUGAGAGCGAUUUGAUGGAAGUUUUGAUAUGUGAUUUGAUUAGAUAUGCGAUUUCCUUGACAUACAUUGCACUUGGAUAUGGUGAAAUCACCAUGGACUUACGAAGCUUUUAGCUGCGGUCUACGAAUGAGUGAAGGGUUCAGUGAUGGUAUGGGCAUUGCUUGGGUGGUUUCAGAGUCGCAUUGCAUGUCAGUAUUGAUCCGGCUGCACCCCAGUGGGAUAGAACUUUUAGCAUACAGACCAGAAUACUCAUUGACAUAUAUUCUCA